AUGACCAGUCAACGGUCUAGCCCACAGUUGUUGCGGUCGAACUCCAGCAACGAUGAUUUUCUCACGCGAAGUCGACAUAACACAGUGCUUUCCACUUCUUUCGUCUCGACCCGCAAGCUCGAAGAACAGCCCUCGACCCCCAUGACCCCACUGGGCACCAGAAGGACUAGAAGUGGUACGAUUAAAAGCAUCAGCAAUCUAAAACACGACAUUCAUCACGUCCAACAAGAUCUUAUCCGUCUACGCAAGUCCAAAGAGGACGCCGAAAAACGUCGCGAAUCUGCAACUGUCGACAUAUAUCCGGGCAAUUAUUCCCAAGAGCACUUACAGCGGCACUCCAUGGUACUUCAAUCGAAAGAUCAGCUGCGAAAACUCGAUCAGCAGAUCAAAAAGUCGGGUGACCUGCUCACUACACUUCGAUACCGCUUAGACAGCACGAGCUCUGCUGCCACCGAAGAUACAGCGAGAUCUGCGGUGGCAUCGCAUCCGAGCUUCCUCAGAAAAGAUCCUAAAAAAUUAUCCGAAAGCGCCUUGACCAACGACAGUGCAACAGAAGACGACGCAGACGAAGUGAUGUCGCCACCGGUCUCGGAGAGCGAAAGUGCUUCUUUGGAGGGCUUUGGUGAUAUCCGAAAUGUCCAAAGUGAGGCUCUAGUAUCGAAACCGUCUAGUCGCGAGGCCAAAGCUAGUAAAGAACAUGCGACCUGGCUGGUUGGUGACUAUUUACAGAGCUUAGAAGAUAGAAACUCGCCGAAAGAAGUGGUUGUCGCCAAAGCCAAUGAUUUGGUGUCUUUGCUGAAACAAAACCCCACAAUCAAGUUUGACCUUGUCCUACCUGCCUUUUCAAAUUCCAUCCAGGAGCUAAUGCUCAGCGAGGAUGAAGUUACUGUUUCUGCAGCCUAUAGGAUUUGUAGGUACCUCAUCACCGGGCCCGAAUUUAUUCAAAAGCUACGCAAAUUGCAUUUGGAACCGUUACUUGUCAUCUCUUUGGCCAAAAGCAAUGCGUCUCAGAUAGAAAGGCUUCAAGCCAUGAAGCUCAUUCGGGCUUUCUUAGAAUAUGAUGCUGGUCUCAGCAUUGGCAUUGCUCAGGCUGUCAUCAGCUGUGUCGAGAAAAGUGACGACAAGCUUAUGGAAGUCGCCAUCCUGACGUUAUUAGAGCUUUGUUACAUCAAACCCGCGUUGGUGAAACGCUGUGGAGGAAUGCGAGUCUUACAGUCCAUCAUCGCAGAAAAUCCUUUGUCACCACUUUCGCCAUUCAUCUUAGAUUCUAUUCUAGACCUCAUGACUUUUCAGGAUACUAGACAGAAUUUUAUCGAUUGCUUUAACGCGUCGUUCACUCUAGCGACUCUGGCGGACAGUCAGGUCAAAUUAAAUUUGAGCAUCGAUAAACUGCAAGCUAGUAUAAACCUGAUUUGCAAGUUCCUGAAGAACUAUAACGGAUUGAUACUUUUUUCUCAGGAUAAUUUCAGGCCUUUUAAAGAGCUUUUUGCAUUCUUUCAAUUUCCCUCUUUGUCUGGGUACUUGGUUGAUUUGUUUUUAGAUGUUUUGCGAAUCAAACCUCUGGCCUACCCAGAGAAAAAGAAAACCUCUCAAGUGCUCAAGAUGACCCAGUCACACUUUCAAUCAGAAGUUGCCCCCAUUAAUCAGUAUAUGGGUCUUUUGACUAAUAUUCUUUAUAAACUGCACUUCAUUGAUAAUUUGGUACCGCUCUUGAGCCGACGGCCAGCGACCAAAAUGGACACAGGCCUAGCUGCGAAAACCAGGUACCUGAUAACCGAAUACUGCAUUAUAUCAACAAACCUAGCUGGCCUGAGACCCAGCGCCUCGGCUGAUCUGCUGUUUCCCGAGCACGGUGCUUUUCAAAAUGUCUUUACGCAGGUAUUCCAGUAUGAAAAAGUCACGAACAAAUUGAAUAAAAAUAGGAACACGAUCGGUAUGACAGAACUAGGCUCCAUCAAUAACAUAUUAGGCUUUUCAGAACGUUCGAAACGCGAGGCCUUGGUUAGUCAAGUUGAUGAGGUUAGAUUCAAAAAGAUGGUGUUCGAUACGAGAGUUUUGCAAACGAAAGAUUUCUCACUUUGGAACUGGGGAAUCCUUCUUGAUCUAAUAGAAGGACCUCUGUUAAGUCCAAAGAGGCUAGAGGAUCUUGCUAAGACCACGAAAUUCUUUCGUCGACUUUUGGUGUUUUACCGUCCGAUGAGGUAUCGCUUUUCAAAAAUUAAUCGAAAUUCACGUUUAGCUGGAAGAUGUGUUCACGUUGGAUGCAAUCUGAUCAAAACGCUCACUUCAACAGCCGAAGGGAUACGAAUAUUGAAUGAUGAUACAAAACUCCUGCCACAAAUAGCAUCGCUGCUCUUCAAAGCAAUGGAGGGUCAAACUUCAGGCAACGUCUUUUCAGAACAGCAUUUGGCGAAAUCUGUUUGUUCGGGCUAUUUUAAAAUCAUUGGUGCAUUUUCCGAAAACGCAAGAGGCUGCAAGACUUUGGAAAAAUGGAACAUAUUCACUGUCAUCUAUAAAAUGUUUCAAAAUACGUCCACUCUCGCGACCUCUUAUCUUCUUUGCAUCUUGCCAGAACUAGACAUUGUUUAUUCAUACCAUACGAGAACUAUACUGAGCAAAGCAUUGGUUCAUCCCUUGGAGAAAGUCCGAGUAGAAUCCACCAACUUGCUUGGCGCGAGACUGCAAAAAACCGCUUUUGAAAGCAAUAGCAGCCCGAGGUCGAUUGAGUUAGAAAAGUUCUUGCUGGAAUUAGUGAUUCGACAGCUUUAUGAUCUUUCGCCAACAGUGGUAGCCGCAGCCGAUAAGAUAUUGUAUGGUUAUUGCGCGCUUCAGGAUUGGCCCCCAAACGUCGAUACUCAACGCCAUCAUUUAUUGAACCAGCUCAUUUUCAUCCGUUCACCAAUCUUACUAGAGUUCCUAAAAACAUCAGUUGGAUUUAAGCAACUCAAUGACAUUGGCUUCGUCGCUACAGAGAGGGAAAAAUGGCUAAAUGGCAAAAACAGGGAAUAUGUAGGGAGAGUUGAGGAGUUCAUUCAGAAAGAAAUGCUGAAUCCUCUAGGUCCAACCUCCCAGAUGUCUACAUCGAAAAGAAGGCUGCCAAUGCAUUUCUUUCACAGUUUGGCCAGCACGGAAGAGGGUGUCGCUCUUAUCGCACAGAAGGGAGAUUUUGUUGCCAUCGUCAACACUAUCAAACAAUACAAGUACAACAGAUGUCCAGACCUGACUGUAGAGGAACAUUUAGAGUUGAAAGCUGCACUGUGGUGUUGUGGCUACAUAGGUUCAACAAUUGCUGGGAUUCAGUUACUAGACACUUACUCGGUCAGCACCGAUAUUGCCCACAUAAGUUUUGCGGCUUCCUCAACAACAAUAAAAUUCACUGCUUUUUAUGCGUUAGGGCUCAUCGCGAGUACCGAUGAAGGGUGUGAAAUUCUGGACGAGUUGGGAUGGAGUUGUAGUCUUAACGUUCAAGGCGUCCCCUUGGCGUUAGCGUUUCCUAAAAACAUUGGACAGUUCCUAAGUUUUCCGGAGAUAAAUGGAAGGCGGGUCAUUUUCAAGAGCAACAGUGAGGGAGGGAGCCCAGGUGCCUCCCCGACACUCGAACCUGUGCUCAUGGAUCUGGAUCUGCUUCUUCAAAGCAAGGCUGAGUUGGAAAACACAAUGGGAGAUGAGCAGGAGGAAGUUCAGGCCGAAGUCGACCGUCAGGCUCGUAAUUUGGAGAUGUUCAAAUCGCAGCUCAUACAAACGACUGGCGACGAGCUGGCAGACAAAGUCAUGAGAGCUGUCAGUAAACUAAACAAUCAUAUUUUGUCGAAUGCAGCUGCCAAGGAAAUUACCGAGUUGUUGUCGACAUAUGGGCCUGCCCGUUUCGAGUCCGGAGAGGUAUUUUCGCGCGCACUGACGCUCAUGGAACAGUUCCGCUUCAAGCCGCAGGCGCGAAGGUUCUUAUGCGAAACUCUAGUGAGCAAGAAGACUCUGGUGGCUGUGAUCAAACGGGAACGGAAGAAGGUCAGAAGAAAGGAAGCGGGCUAA